CUCAUCCCUUUUAUUUCACUACUAACGUUUCUCUGAAUUGUGUUGUGUUGCAAACAGAAAGGAAAAAAGAAGAAAAUAAGAGAAAGAAGAAAAAUAUGAGUUACUUGAAUCGUGUUUGGAUGGCGGCAACGGUGGCGGUAGCGCAAGGCCACACCGAUCCCGGCCACAAGUGCAAGACGGCGCUCAACUCCAUCCACCACAACCGGAGCCGCCUCUUCUCCGGCGGAGCCCUGUCUGAUCUCCGGCCGCUGUCCGGCGUCGUUGGACCUGACGUCGCUGGCGCGGCAGCGGGGAGCUCCGACGCGAAGAAUAGGGUGAGCCAAGCCGAUGACUCUCUGAGGAAAGUGAUGUACUUUAGUUGCUGGGGUCAGGGCUGAACCACACGUGAUGAACGGUGGAGAUUAAAGUAGUCGCCGGAGAAAGUGAACCGGGUCUGUUUUCGGGUCGGGUUCGGAUCUGAGUUGACCUGGCCGAGUCUGAUCGGAUGACUCGGUUGGAGAAAAAAACUUGGAAUGUUCUGAUCUUGUAAAUAGGUUAUGUAUGUGUAUAGAGGAUAUGGGUUUUUUCUCACUCACAAGAGUAGAUGAUGACGAUGAGAUCUGAUAUUAAUAAGAAUACCUAAACUUAUACGAACUCA